AUGCGAAAAAGUGAAGAACAAGGUCGUAAAUCCGUUCUCCCCAAAAUAUAUAAUGACAAUAAUUACAAAGGUGAUUAUAAUUCCAAUAUAAGUGACAAUAGUUAUCAAUAUGAUGAGAGUGAUAAUGAAUCAUCUAAAUACGAUCCUUCAUUCAAGUACGAAAUUUGGAGUCCAAGUAUUAAAGAUAAUAGCGUUGAAAAUCUCAUCAUUGAUGACUAUCUUCAAGAUAUGGAGUACAUAAGAAACAAACGCGUUGGGGCAAUUAACGCUAAAACGCCAAUUUCAAGUUCAAGUUCUUUGCCUGUUGCAAACAAUCAAUUAAGAGCAACAAAACGCUCUAAAUCUUCAAACAAAAUCAAGAAAUCUGCUACUCAUCAGAAAAUUACAUUGCAACAGCUUCGAAAAAAUAAACCAAAAUUAUUUGAAAGCAAUGAUGAGUAUUAUUCAUUUGACAGUGCCGAGGACAAAGUAGAUUUAAAGACAUUACACCCUAUUAGACAGCUCAAAUCGCAAGAAUAUUCAUUUGAUUCGGAUCUUGAUGAAGUCGAUGAGAAUGGAAUGAAGAUUUUGAGACCUAAAAAACAUCAUGAUAGGAACAGACAUAAAAAGCCUGCAUCAAAUAGUGAUGAAUAUUACUCUUUUGAUGAAAAAAUCGACUUGUACGAACCAAUAACGCAUAAAAAGAUCCGUCGUAGGAGAUCUAACAUUAAAAGAAUACCGAUCAAACAAAACAAACCUAAACCCAGACGAGUUUACUUCGUUUUUGACAACAAAAAGAAAAAAAUUGUCAAAAAAGUUUAUCCUAAGGACAAAAUACCAAGUAUCUACGAUGAGGUCAACAACAAUCCCCAAAAACAAGCUCAAGAAGACCAAAAUAUUCUUCCUUAUGGCGAUGAUGAAUAUUAUUCUCUUGAUGACUCAACAAAAAUCAAUCCUGAACAAGGAAAGCCGAUAAGGAAGAGAAGGCAUCACAGAUUGCACUUUGAUAACUCGUAUUAUUCCCAAAGUGAAAAUGAUCCAAUCGAUCCAAAGACGAAGAAGCCAAAAAGAAGGAAAAGGCAUCACAAAUUGCAUGGUGAUAACGAAUUUUACUCUGUAUCCAGCGAUAUUGAAGUCGAUCCUGAAACAAAUAAGCUAAUUCGAAGAAAAAGAAGUCAUACUUUGCACAGAGAUAAUGAUUAUUAUUCUGUUGAUGAAGAAACAAAGCGUGAUGAAAUUACGGGAGAUUACAUAAGAAAGAAAAGGAAACAUAAGCUUCAUAAUGAUGAAAAUUAUUAUUCUUCGGACAUUCAGGGAAGACGUAAACGAAGACGUCACAGACUUCAUGGUGAUAACGAAUACUACUCAGUUGAUGACGAAACUCCACGCAAUCCAAGAACUGGAAAACCAAUUCGACAAAAAAGAUCACAUAAACUCCAUGGCGACUCUGAUUACUAUUCUGUUGAUAGUGAAACAAAGGUUGAUAAUGACGGACAUUUCAUUCGCCAAAAGAGAAAACACAAAUUAUCUAAAAAGAGGAAAACAGCCCAGUUUGACUCGAACGAAUACUCUUUCGACAGCGAUGUAGAUAAGUUCGCUGUGCAGAAAGGAAAGGAAUUCAAGAGAGAACCGAAAGAUCACGGAGAUCCAGAUUAUUAUUCCAUAGAUUCGGAUACUCCCAUCGAUCCGAAGACAGGGAAGUACAUUAGAGUCAGGAGAUCGAACUCUCCGGCUGAUUCCUCAAGUGAUGAAAUGCACUUCAGCACAAAAGCGAACAAAAUCCUUGAAAAAGGCGACAAAAACUAUUAUUCAAUUGAUAGUGAAACAGAGAAAGAUCCACAAACAGGAUUUUACAUCAGAAAGAAAAGAUCUCAUCCAAUUCUCGACCAUGGAGAUGAAAACUACCUAUCAAUUGACUCACAAACACCAAUUGAUCCACAGACUAAGCAAUACAUCCGACAAAAACGCCAAAAUCCAGUCAAAGAUCACGGUGAUCCAGAUUAUCUGUCAAUAAACAGCGAAACACCAGUUGACAAAACAACAGGCCAGUUCAUUCGCCAGCGCCGAGAUGAAAAUGCUCUUGAACACGGCGACAAAUACUUCGAAUCUAUUGAUUCGUCCACUCCUAUUGACUCUAAAACAGGUAAAUACAUUCGCCAACGUCGCACUCACAUCUUAAUUGACCAUGGCGAUCCAAACUAUUUGUCCAUUGACUCCGACACCCCUAUUGACAACAUCACAGGCCAAUUCAUCCGACAAAAACGCCAAGAACCACUCAAAUCACACGGUGAUCCAGAAUAUCUCUCUAUUACAAGCGAGACUCCGACUGAUCCUAUUUCCGGUCAAUUCAUCCGCCAAAAGAGGAAGUACAAGCGCACAGACAACGAGACACAGUUUGAUUCCACAUCUAACGGCAGGAAGAGACCUCGGCCGCUCCUUGAUCAUGGUGACGAGAAUUAUUAUUCCGUCGACAGCGAAACACCUAUUGAUGGAAGGACAGGCGAAUACAUCAGGAAGCUGAGGAACAGCAAAAGAACAGAGCAGACAGAAGUUUUCUCCAGGCUGCCAAGUCCAAACAAGUCUAAAUACAUCACAGAUUUCUCUAUCGAACCUGAUGAAGAAAAAAUUUCACAUCAUAUGUCCAAACACAAUUCGCCUAAACACAACAAGAGCAGGGAUGUCGACAGUUUCAUUGACGACAGCUACGACUUCUCAAGGACGAUGUCUAAGGGUGUGCCUUUGAGAGAUAGAUACGGCUUUCCGCUUAAGAAUAAUAAAUAUAAUAACUCACAGCCAAUAAAACGGUAUACCAGAAAAUAA